AUCUUUUUUUCUUUUUCAAAACCGACUCAGAGUCUCUCUCUCUCUCUCCCUGUCUUCUCUCCAUUUGGCGAUAGAAGAUAUGUACCAAUCAUCUUCCUCCACGUCAUCAUCAUCGCAGAGAUCAUCGGUUCCCGGUGGCGGCGGAGGCGGAGGUCUGAUCCGAUACGGCUCAGCUCCGGGAUCGCUUCUAAACUCUGUGGUGGACGAAGUCAUCGGAACAAACGGUCGUGCAGGUGACUUCAAUUAUCCUCCGCCGGAAAACUUCCUCGGUCAGUUCUUCGCCGGAGCAGAUUCAUCCUCGCUGAGAUCCGAUUCGACGACUUGCGUAGUCAACUCAUCCAACGGACAGAAACAGCAGCUCGGCAACAUUAAUAAAGAUCUCCUCCUCGACAGAUCCUACGGUGGAUUCAACGAGAUCUCGCAGCACAAGAGCAACGACCUCGGCAAUAGCUCCGGAUCUUACUCUCUCGCUAGGCAACGUAGCUCUCCCGCCGACCUCUUCACCUACCUCUCCGGAGACAAAAAUAAUUUCUCGUUGAACCAACCAACAAGUGAUUAUAAUCCACAAGGAGGGUCUAAUGCAGGACGAGGACAAUCGAGACUCAAGUCUCAGCUAAGCUUCACGAGUCACGAUCCUCUGUCCCGGAUCUCUGAGGUCAAUGAGACCUCUGUCCACGAUGGUUCGGGCCAUUCCUUUUCAGUGGCUAGCUUCGGUGCCCCCACUGAUUCUUGGGAUGACGGUUCCGGUUCAAUAGGCUUUACUGUGACCACCCGCCCAACUAAACGAUCCAAGGACAUGGACUCAGGUCUUUUUUCACAGUAUAGUCUUCCUUCAGACACUUCAAUGAACUACAUGGAUAACUAUAUGCAGCUUCCUGAAGAUUCUGUACCUUGCAAAAUUCGGGCCAAACGCGGCUGCGCCACCCACCCGAGAAGCAUCGCCGAGCGGGAGAGGAGAACGAGAAUAAGUGGCAAACUAAAGAAGCUACAAGACCUUGUCCCCAACAUGGAUAAGCAAACAAGCUAUUCUGACAUGCUGGAUUUAGCUGUACAACACAUCAAAGGCCUUCAACACCAACUUCAGAAUUUGAAGAAAGAACAAGAGAACUGCACGUGCGGAUGCAGUGAGAGACCAAAUUAGCUGCAAUCCUAACGGUAGGGAUCAUCCUAACUUUAUCAGAUGUUUUUGAUAUCAUAAGAGAAUUAGAGAAAAUGUAAAUAAAUCGAUUAUCAAAUGCCUAGCUAAUUCUCUUAUAAGCUUCUCAGUUAUAGUCAUAUCUUAUAAGAUCGAAACAAUGCCAAAUGUCCAUUAUAUUUUCUCCCAAGUGUUAUGCUCUGAAUAUUUGCUUAUUUUGGAAGGACUGAUGAUGUUAAUUUUGAAACUAGUUCGGGUUA